AUGGUGGUGGCAGCGGUGGCAGAGGUGGUGGUGGUAGAGGUAGCAGCAGCAGAGGUGACAAUGGUAGAGAUGGCAGCAGCAGAGGUGGUAGUGGCAGAGGUGGUGGCAGUGGCAGAAGAGAUGGUAGCAGAGGUAGUGGUAGCAGAGAUGGUAGCGACAACAGAUAAACUUGAUG